AUGAAUGAUAACACUCAGGACAAAGAGGUGCUGAAGCAGAUUGAGAGGGAGGUGCGAAUGCGGGAGGGGGCAAGUAAGCUACUGGCAGCCUGUUCCCAGAGAGAACAGGCCCUGGAGGCCUCAAAGAGCCUGCUAACCAGCAAUGCCCACAUUCUGGCUUUGCUCAGCCAACUCCAGAACAUGAGGAAAGCUCAAAUCCUACAGAGAGUGGGACGCAGGCCAUCUGAAGAUAUAGUGCCAUGUAGGGGAAAAGUAGCCCUUUCAGACCUGCGAAUCCCACUCAUGUGGAAAGACUCAGAGUACUUCAAAAACAAAGGAGAGCUGCAUCGCUGUGCUGUGUUCUGCCUGUUGCAAUGUGGCACAGAGAUCUAUGACACUGAUCUGGUGAUGGUAGACAGGACUUUAACUGACAUCUGUUUUGAAGACACUAUCAUAUUCAGCAAUGAGGUAUGCCCAGGGUUUCAGCUUCGUGUUGAGCUGUACAGCAGUUGUGUGGCUGAAGAUUUCUCCCCAGGGGCUCUAGGACCCAGGAGAGUGAGCCGUCUGGGGGGCUCUCUAGGAUGCUCCUCGGGGAGAAAGAUCCGUGCUGCCUUUGAGUCUGCAGCUGUUUGUGGAUCUCUUUCCACCGUAGGAGAUGUUGGACCUGGAAAUGUGUCCCAGCCUUUAUUCCCUGAUCUGUCCACACUGGGGCCAAAGUAUAACCUGCUGGCUCACACAACACUGAGAAUCGAACAUGUGCAGGAAGGUUUCAAGACACACGAUUUGUCACUAGCAGCAGUAGAGGAUAGUCCAUUCUGGUUGCCUCUGUAUGGAAAGAUGUGCUGUCGCUUAGUUGCUCAGCCUCUGUGCAUGACUCAGCCAGUUAUAAGUGGUCAACUCAAGGUUAAGCUUGGAGAGGACCUUAAUUGCUGGGAAAAUGUCUAUGGUGUCCUCAGGGGGCAAAGUCUGCUCUGCUAUCAGAGUCAAGAAGACCUGGAGUCUGAGGACAAGCCAUUACUUGUAAUCCCAAUCAGAAAGGAUACCCUUGUCUGUGCAUUCGAGGGAGAUGCUGUCCAUGCCCAGAGUUUAUACAUCAGUACACAGUGUCAAGGAGAGGACGUAGCCUACACACUCACCACACACCUAAAUGAAGACAGGAAGAGUUGGACGGAUGCCCUCUGGCAGCACAUCUAUAACAUGAGCCAGUGGAAGCAGUGUUGUGAUCACCUCCUGAAGAUUACAAUGCCGAACCCCAGGAAAUCCACCACAGUGAAGCAGGGAUCGCUUUACCAUGAAAUAGUAACACCCUCGUCUCCCAGAGAAGGUCUUGCGGUUCCGGAUUUAUCUGUCGAGAUCCGCACUUUGCUCUCUUCCUACUACAAGGAAAGGGCUUACAGGGGCUGUAAUUACACUGACUUUUCUAAGAUUUUUGGCAGCAAAUGGAAGCUUGCAAACUGGUCUAAAGUUAUAGACAGAGGAGUCAAGGCCACGUUUUUAGAGAAGAGGCUGGACACAGGCGGUCUUGAAGUAGUCAGGGACACAGACAUUAGAAAGGGAAAUGUUCACUAUAUUGAGCAGACUGGGGGCAACCACAUCCCAAACUUCUAA